CCGGUCAGUGUUAGGCCGAUUUUUUAUAACAUUGAUUAGAAGUGACAUUUCCAACAAUGCAAUGAAAUUGGACUUCAUAGUAACAUCUAUAUAAGGGCACGAGCAGAUCACUCUCACUAGCCAAAUGGUUUUUUUCCUUGUCCGUCUCUCUCUCUCUCUCCUUUACAUAAUUAAAUAUUGAAGAGAGAUGGCUUUGAAGCUAAACUUUCGAUCACCGAAAUGCCCUUCUUUUGCUCUGACCAGCCGAAGGUCAACCAAGUUCAUGAUGACUUCAACUCUUGGCUCCGGAUCAAAGAAGUUGGAGACUCCACCACACAAGUUCCACGUGAAGAUCACGCACUCGAUGCCCCCUCACAAGAUCGAGAUCUUCAAAUCCCUCGAAAAUUGGGCCGAAAAAAAUGUACUCGUCCACCUCAAGCCGGUGGAGAAAUGCUGGCAGCCGCAGGACUUUCUCCCGGACCCCACUUCUGAAAGUUUUCAUGAUGAGGUAAGGGAAUUAAGAGAGAGAGCGAAGGAGAUACCUGACGAUUACUUUGUUGUGUUGGUUGGGGACAUGAUAACCGAGGAAGCCCUCCCGAGCUACCAGACGAUGCUCAACUCUUGGGAUGGAGUGAGGGACGAGACAGGCGCCAGCCGAGCAUCGUGGGCCAUAUGGAACAGGGCUUGGACAGCCGAGGAGAAUAGGCACGGUGACCUUCUCAAUAAGUAUCUAUACCUAUGUGGCCGUGUCGACAUGAGGCAAAUCGAAAAGACUAUUCAGUAUCUUAUUGGAUCCGGAACGGAUGUGGGCAUGGAAAACAACCCAUAUCUCGGCUUCAUCUACACGUCGUUCCAAGAGCGCGCCACCUUCAUCUCCCAUGGCAACACGGCCCGUCUUGCCCGGGCCCACGGAGACCUUCAUCUGGCCCACAUAUGCGGCACCAUUGCCUCGGACGAGAAGCGACAUGAAGCUGCCUACACCAAGGUUGUCGAGAAGCUUUUUGAGGUCGACCCAGACGCUACUGUUUUGGCCUUUGCCGACAUGAUGAGGAAAAAAAUCGUGAUGCCAGCUCACCUCAUGCACGAUGGCCGAGAUGAAAAGCUGUUUGACCACUACUCGGCUGUGGCCCAGCGGCUCGGUGUCUACACAGCAAGAGACUAUGCCGACAUUCUCGAGCAUUUGGUCGGGAGAUGGAAGGUCGGGAGCUUGACUGGUUUGUCCGGGAAAGGGAGGAUUGCGCAGGAUUACGUUUGUGGUUUGGGGGGAAGGAUUAGGAGGCUGGAAGAGUGGGCUCAAGUGAAGGCUACGAAAGGGCCGAGGGUUCGCUUUAGCUGGAUUUAUGAUCGAGAGGUGCAGCUUUGAGCUUUUGAUAAACUGUGAACACAAUGAUAUCAUAUAAUUCAAAAGUAGGAAAUAAAAUUCAUGUCAAUCACCUAAUCACGGUUUAGUGUCACCCGUACGAGUGUGUACAUGUAUGUGUGUCCAAAUAUAUACCGAGUAUUCUGCAGGUUUGUAUGUGAUUUAUUUGGCGAUUGUAAGGUAUGUAAGUUUGGGUAAACAUGUACUGCAUGACUGUGUUACUGAUGUACUGCAUGACUGUGAUACUGAAUUUUGUUGUUGUAAUAGCCCUAAUGACAAGAUAAGAACCUGGUCAGCUAUAUCAAAUACUUUCUAGUGGUAGAUAGAAGAAUGCCAGGAAGCAUGAAUCAAUAGAAAUUGAUAAAUGAGAUAACUAAAAAAAGAAAAGAAAUAAGCGUAUGAAUAGACUUUCC